UUAAACCGCCUUAAUCCAAAAAUGUAGUCCGUAUGCAACUUAUCACGAUUCCAUGUCAACCAUAACAACCGGAUAUUUAUAUGUUAGAAAGCUGACAGUUUAGUCCUUAUUAUUUAUGCAUGCUAUAUUCUCUCUCUUCUCUUCCUCAAAUUUCUUGCCAUUUUUUUUUUCUGUGAUCAUCACUUUCCUUUCCUCCGUUCACCUCUCUACGCUUCUUCUCUGAGCUAUUCAAAAUCAUGGAAACCCUAACUAUGUCUUCUGCAACUGCAAUUCUCAAUUCUUCAUCUUCUCCCUCUUCUCCUCUCUCCAUCUUCUCCCCUAAACAACAAUCUUCUCGGCCUAAUCUACUUCGUCUUCCUCUCGCUUCCAAAGGGAGGAAUGAUGAAUCUGAUCUUCAAUCAGAGUCCAAUGAGCUGCGGAUUGUUCCCGUCGUUGAUAAUCGCAGCCUUUCUCUCUCUCCUCUUUCCAAGGAUACUGCAAUGGGAUUGGUAUUAAGUGCUGCCACUGGCAAAGGGUGGACAACGGGAUCAGGGAUGGAAGGCCCCCCUGAGUCUGCUGGUGAUGCUGAAUCAAGUGCAGCAAAGAUCUCCACUUUCCCCUGGUCUCUCUUUACAAAAUCACCUAGGCGGAGAAUGCUUAUUGCCUUCACCUGUAACAUUUGUAGCCAGCGAACAACUCGUGCCAUCAAUCCUCAUGCAUAUACUGAUGGUACUGUCUUUGUUCAGUGUUGUGGCUGCAAUGCAUAUCACAAACUUGUUGAUAAUCUGAAUUUAUUUGAUGGUAUGAAAUGCUAUAUAAAUUCAAGCUUCAAAUAUGGAGGCAAUGAAGCCGAUGUUAAUUUUGACUAUCGGGAUAUUGACGAUGGCAGUGAUGGAUUCUGUGGAAUAUAAAGCAAUGGGACAUAUGCUACUAUAGAGUAUGUACAUUCUGCAUCUAUGUAUCUGAAUCUCAAUAGUUGUAACAUAGGUUUAUUGUACUUGUGAACAUUUUCUGUUAAAUUAUCUACUGUGUCCAUAUAGCUCAAUAAAAUCUUUAAGUUUAACUGGAGUUGAGAAUGAGUCAUUCGUACUAAAUUGGAUUAGAUUUAGUUGCCUUUGUAUGUUAUACUGCAGCUCGGUUAUUUCCAUGUACUAGAGUUCUUGAGUAUGCAUUCAGUUUGGGCUUCAUUUUUUA